UGCUUGGUCACACGAUGGGUUCCCUCAGCACAGCCAACGUGGAGUUCUGCCUCGAUGUGUUCAAAGAGCUGAACAGCCACAGUGCCGGAGACAACAUCUUCUUCUCUCCUCUGAGUCUGCUUUACGCCCUAAGCAUGAUCCUCCUCGGUGCCCGAACCCGGAGUGCGGAGCAAAUGGAGAAGGUGCUUCACUUUAAUCAUGUUGUCGGACCAUUAAAAUCAGAUUUUCAGGACUCAUCUAAGUGCCUCCAAGCUGAACGGAUUCAUUCCGAGUUGGGAGCCCUGUUCCCUCAAAUCAAUCAGCCAGACUCCAACUAUACCCUCAGCAUUGCCAACAGACUCUACGGGAGCAAGGUGAUGACAUUCCAUCAGCAAUACUUAAACUGUUCGGAGAAGAUAUAUGGAGCCCGGCUGCAAACUGUUGAUUUUGAACACUCUCCAGAAGAAGCAAGACAAACCAUUAACGCUUGGGUUGAAAGUCAAACCAAUGGUAAAGUCACGGACCUCUUUCAAAGGGGCACAAUUGACCCUUCCUCCAUCAUGGUCUUGGUGAAUGCCAUCUAUUUCAAAGGACAAUGGCAGUAUAAAUUUCAGGAAAGAGAGACCACUAAGGCCCCCUUUGAGCUCAGUGAGGGUAAAAGUGUGACUGUGGAAAUGAUGUACCAAAGUGGAAUCUUCAAACUGGCUUUCAUAAAGGAGGCACAACUACAGGUCCUGGAGCUGCCCUAUGUCAACAAUAUUCUUAGCAUGCUCAUCCUGCUUCCAGUGGGCACGGCCAAGCUCGAACAGAUUGAGGAGCAGCUGAACCUGAAGACCUUCCAGCAGUGGACCAGCCCUUCCAACCUGAUGGAAAGAGAAGUGGAGGUGCAUAUCCCCCGGUUCAAACUUGAAAUGACCUACGAGAUGAACUCUCUGUUGAAAUCUCUUGGGAUGACAGACAUCUUUGACCAGCGCAAAGCUGAUCUUUCGGGAAUGUCCCCAGCUAAGACAAUGCACCUAUCCAAGGUCAUCCACAAGUCAUAUGUGGAUGUCAAUGAGGCGGGUACCGAGGCUGCCGCGGCCACUGGGGACGUCAUUGUAGUGAAGAGACUUCCCAUCCGAGCUCAGUUCCUGGCCAAUCGCCCCUUCCUGUUCUUCAUAAGGCACACUCACACCAACACCAUCCUAUUUUGUGGAAAGUUUGCUUCUCCAUAAACAAAUGGGGCUGGGCACAGCUCAGAGCCACCAGGUAGAUGGAGGAGCAAACAGAGCCAAAUAACCAGGCCACUCUCCUGGGAACCUUGUGCACCUUGGUGCCUCAGUUUGCUCAUCUGAAAAGUGGGUCUUGGACCUUUUCCAACCUAUCAUAUAAAUAGGUGACUUCUAGGAUCAUGGUAGCCAGGGGGAAAGGUACAAUCACUCAACAGGCUUCUCUGGCUUUCUUCUACAUGGCUACAAGCCAAGCAAUGCUCACCCUCCAAACGGUUUGGGAUUCCCUUGCUCCUGCCGCCCAGAGUCCCCACACGGCUCAUAGGAGUCAGUGAGAUCCUGCAUAAGCAUCUAGGCUGCCUUUAGAAAACCAGUUGGUAAGUUGCGACUUUCAAUGGAUUAAAAGAUUAUUUUGCUUGCAUGUGUAAAUAUAACAGCUUGAAUUGUAGUUCAGCAUCCUGUAUUGACUAUAAUAAAUGCGUGAAAUGGCA